CCCGACCGCGUACAUCGACACGUCGGGCAUAUAUCCAUGCUUCGUUACCAGAAUCUUGCAGAAUACCACAACCCGCAGCCCAUCUCUCGGGCCGCCGUUCUAGCCCAAUUGCGCGAUGCCGACGACAACCCCUACGCAGAAUGUCCCGAAGACAAGCGUUCGGCAGUGGUCCAACAUGUGCAGCUAUCGUCUUUGCAUGCCUCAACUUCCGAAGAUGCAUCAUUACAGCAUGCUAGAGCCAACUUGGAAGCCCUCUACGAUAAACAGCGUGCCUCCACCGACUGGAGCUUAGACUGCGAGAGAACUCCGCGUUCUUGCCAUUCGAUCCAGCUCGAGAAACGCACAUUAGAUACGAGCAUACUGCGACGCAUAGCCGAUGGUCGAGGCCCCCGCGAUGCUCAAUAUAAAGACUUGCUUGGACCGCUGCGUCUCGCCGAGCAGGGUAGUAACGAAACGCAUUCGGCAGCCCACGAAACAUAUGAAGACCUUCUAAAAGUCUUGCUUGCUUGGAAUAGGCACGUUGCACCUAUCCAGGAUCUAAUCGAGGAACGGCAGGAGCUUAUGGAAGCACUGAGAGCACGAGAUCAGCUGAUAGACGAGGCAGCACAGCGAAACACGCUGCGACUGUUGAAUCAGCCAUUUCCCCGGUUGCAAAAGGCAUUAUGUGCUUUUCGACCGGAAAUUGCGCACUUUGCUAAUCAAGACGUAUCCAGUAUCAUGAUCAUCAUGGUAGCCAACAUCCGCGUUGCAAUCGACAUUGAUGACGAUCUCAAAUGCGCCAUAUUCAAGACGCUGUUCAAAGAAGCCACCGUAAGGUUGCUCUUUGAUAGGUCCUUUCGGUCCCAAAGGGGUGAGUUUCGCAUGGAGCAGAAGUCGGCCAGAGAUAGAGGUGACUGGGACGAGGUCCAUCGCCUGAAGGAGAAGGAACGGGAAGUGGAGCGUCAGUACAAAGCUCAACGCGCGAGCGAGAUCAUUGAUAGCAUCAGGUUUGCCCGGGGAGAUUUAUACAACAAGUACCUGAUGGAGAUGCAGGAUCUCGCGGUAGUGCAGACAGCGCAAAUGGAGGUUGCUGCCGAAACGCAUUCUCCGCAGAUGAUCAUGUCUACGAUUGAAGAAGGGUCCAAGGGAAUUUACGACGAUGAAGACGGCGACGACAGACUCCAGGGCAUCGGCGAAGUGUGCAACCGUGAUGCUGGGGAUAUUAACCGGAUGUUGGAGGUUACGCGCGACUGUCUGCAUCGAACCAGGAAAUUUGCUGCGCUGGACGUCGUCGAUGCAGUGGAGAGGAAUCGCGUUCGGCGGGAGAGAAUGGAUAUGCCUGGCACGGCGUCUAUGAUGAUGAAGGUGGUUGAAGACACCAAGGUGAUCCGAGGGAUGUCGAUGAAUGUGCUGAAGCAUAUGGGGGACAUGGAGACGGGGUUAGAAGAGAUGAUGGGAGCAGCUACGACAAGAUAUCAGGCCAUUGAAGGUGGACUGCGGACCAUUGGGGAGGUGGGAAAUGAGGACGAUGAGGAGGUAUCGUGA